CCUAGGCCCACAGUACGGUCGAACGUUGUUCAGUUUAUCGAUGGCAUUUUCGGAGAACAUAUUCCCGCGAUAGGACGCGUUCUGGUGCGCUGCGUGGUAAUGGAACAUAUUGUGGUGCUACUAGUACUCCUGGCCACCGUUGCAAUAGUCCGCAGUGAGCCACAUUCUGUGCCACCGAUCUUUCUUUACGAUGACUUUGCCCACUGUGAGACACAAGGGUCCGUGUACUGUUACGGCCGAAGUGUACUGCGGGUGGAUCAAUAUCCGGUCAAUUUCGUUGUGCCACAAACAGAGAACAUGGAUCGGAUCGUCUACAAAAACAGAGUACAUCAUCUCGAGCUGGGAGUCUGUUUGCGCGAGUGUGAGAAAGCUUUGGCAGGUUUAACUGCAACCCAGAAGGAGUCACUUUAUCAACCAGAAAUUCCGGUCAACUUUACCUUCAUGAUUCCGAGCGAGCUGUUUCCCACGAUGAAAGACGAUAAGCGCCGGUACGAGACGCUCGUAAAUGUGUGCAUAAACCAACGACUCCGCACGCGUUACAACAUUACCGGUUACACUGCGCUUGAGUACUGUCGACCCAAAGCGACCAAACAAACGGCCCGUCCGUUCGAUACACUGGAGGUGCUGUUUCUUGCUGUUUCGGGGACGCUGGUAGUAACACUAGUUCUAACAUCGCUGCUAGAUGUUAGCGGUAUCAACCGCGAUAAUGUUUUUAUUUCCGCAUUUUCCUUGCGCCGUAACUGGAUACGUUUGAGGGCGGAACCGGACUCUACGCUGCACCGGGAUCUAUUGUACAUCGAUGGAUUACGCGUGAUCAUUAACCAUCUUGUAAUUAUCUUGCACAACUUCCUAAUAGCAAGCGCCGCUCCGUUACAGAACUAUGGUGAGCUGGAGACAAUGUUGUCCUUCACUCCAAUGCUGAUCUACUUAUCGUCGAAUGCGUUCCUGGUGCAGGUGUUCUUCACGAUCGGUGGUUAUUUGCUGAGUGUGAAUUUUCUACGCGAUGCUGAAAAAAGCCCAAUUAAUGCCCGGUACAUUGCAAACAGGAUACUGAACCGAUUGCUUCGUCUUCUGCCCGUAUAUGGAUACUUUCUGCUGUUUUCCGUCAGCCUUAACGUACGCUUCGACGUUAACCUUAACGGGUACCGGCUGUUUACGGCCGAGAAUGCAAUCUGCCGCCAGAACUGGUGGGCUAAUAUACUUUUCGUUAACAACUUUCCGUGGCCGAAGGAGCUCUGCCUGAUGCACACCUGGUAUUUAGCGGCCGAUCUGCAACUGUUUCUGAUGGCGUUGGCACUACUUUUAAUGAUCCAUCGAUGGCCUAAGCAUGUUGGUACGGUGUUUCUGUGCGGUGUGCUGGUGUCUUUUGCGAUACCGGCCUUAAUAGUACAUCAGCACAGGUUGCAUCCUGUGUUGCCGGUGAAGCUGAGUGAAGUAAAAUUUAUAGUCAUGCACGAACCUUGGAUACGGCAAGUUUAUUUACCCAGCUAUGCAAACACCGGAUGCUAUCUAUUCGGUGUAAUAGCCGGAUAUCUCUACCAUGCGAUCAAGAACAAUCGGAUACAACUGCAACAUUCGUUGCUUUAUCAAACUGUUGAUAGAAGUGUGACACCAAUUCUUGUUGGAGUCAUCAUGUCCACCUCCCUGUGGUACACUAUCGAUGUGCCGAAACCAAACCUCUGGAUAUCCCUGUACAGUGCGCUCUAUCGGAAUAUUAUCGGUAUUUUUGUGGCCGUUUGUUUCGUCCGAUGCAUUAUCACACCUCCAGGUAUCAUACGCAAAAUUCUCAGCAGCAAGCUGCUGACUACACUUGGCAAGCUUACGUACAGUGCUUACGUACUGCACGACGUGGUAAUGCGGUUUAUACUGUUGAAUCAAAACUACAACACCACCAUCACCGUACCAAUGUUUGCAAUGUACAUGUACAUUGUGACCGUGGCAGCGUUUAUCGGCGGGCUGUUAGUGUUUCUCACCAUCGAACAGCCUUUAAUACAACUUGUUAAACCACUCAUAAACCAAAUGUGUCCUGUGCAGAGGAUAACAUCGCAGCAAAAGCAAAAAGAGCACUUGUCUCAGUACCACCGUAUGCCGAAGCUGUGGCAGAUGGAUGAUUAUGACGAGUGUCUUCAAUCCUCUGGACCGAAUGAACCGGCCGGUGUGUACUGUACCAGUGCAGUCGUACUGAAACCGGACAAUCGUUCCGAGCUUUGGAGAUUGAUCGAGGAAUUCUCCAGCGACUACAAGCGCCACUAUAAUCAUCAAGUGCUGAAAUGGGGCGUAUGUGUAAAAAAGUGUCAAAAAGCGAUCGAAAACCUAUCACCCCAGGCGAGGAAAGGGCUAACGGUGGAAAAGUUCCCGAUUGAUGUUAGGUACAAAUUCGAGGAUGGUAUCUUGAAAAAUGCUGCCAUCGAUCGAGAAGUGUAUGCGGAUGUGGUGGAAAUUUGCAUCAACAAGGAGCUGAAUGCAACGUAUGGUUUGCUGGCCUACACAGAGAUACUGACGUGCGAUAAAUCAUCCGAUGAGACUGUUAUAGAUGCACUUGAUAUCUCGUUCUUGAUUAUUCUUUGUCUGCUCGUAAGCUGCGUGAUCCUUUCGUCAUGUAGUAUUGAAACUCGUAGUAAAAUGUUCUCCUGCUGGACUAAUCGAUUUUUCGCUUUGCGCCUUUGUUUAUGCAAGAUAAUGCACAAUAUCUUUAGCAUGAUUCUCACGAACGGUGUGCAGAUCACGCAAACAUUUCUCGCGAUGAGUGGAACACUGCUGGCGAUACAGGUUAUGAGUUUGGCGGAAAGACGAAGGGGUCGUGUUAGCUUCUUUUACGUUCCGGUGGCAAUUCUCAAACGAUACAUCAGAUUAACACCAGUAUAUGCAUUUGUGAUCUUACUACAUGCCACGUGGCUACUUAAGCUGCAAACGGGGCCAUUGUGGCGUUGGUUUGCCGAAACGGAACAAACAUUCUGCCGACGCAAUUGGUGGACGAACUUGCUGUACAUCAACAACUACGUGCAUCCUGACGAACCGUGUGUCCUGCAAGGAUGGUAUCUUGGUGCCGAAUUCCCAGCAUUCAUCGUAGCACUGAUCGUGUUGAUUGCGAUCGUCAACUAUCCUCGUGCAAAGAUCGCCAUUUUGUCGGCUGUGCUCGUUGCAGCCUACGUCGUGCCAGCUUUUUUCAUCUACUACCAAAAGCUGGAGGGAGUGUUUGUGGUUACAUUGGAAGCUCAACGAUACUUCUUUUGGUACGACAAAUAUUUCCUGCAAGCCUACAUACCUACGCACAUUAACUUUGGCAACUAUAUGAUGGGCGUCCUGAGCGGAGUCAUCUUUACGGAGCUUCAGAAACGUUCGAUAAAUCUCGCCAAAAGUAAAACGUUUCGUACCGUGUGGUACGUAACGCUUUGUAGCCUUCCACUUUCGAUGCUACUGUCGUACAUGUUCUACGUGAAUGACUACGAAACUCCAUCCGUAUGGAUGUCGAUUUACUUUGUCAUCUCCAAGAACCUUUUUGGCAUCGGAAUUGGAAUCAUUCUUCUAGGCUCGAUCUACGGUGUUAACGGUGUACUGCAGCGAAUGUUGAACUAUCCGUUUUUCGAACCGUUGGGCCGGUUGACGUACGGUGCCUACCUAAUUCAUCUAUUCGUGAUGCGCUACAUGUUUGUCAGCACGCGUGGACCGGUUUAUUAUAGCGAUACACUCACGCUUUCCUUAGUGUUUGGGGCGACGGUGAUGUCCUGUUUGAUAUCGUUGCUUCUUUGUUUGCUGCUAGAAUUACCAACAUCCGCAUUGCAGAAUCAAGUGUUUGGAAGUUUUAAAGGUAGGAACGAUUUAAAUUCUAAACAUAUGGAAACUCUUUUUUUGUAGUACCAUAAAACGUCACUAUUUCUUAUAGAACCAAAGUCGAACCGCAUUGAUGAGGAAAGUCACGCCAAUCAAGGCGAAACUACAUUUACCCCGGAUGGAGAACAAAAGAAAAAUG